CGGUCCAAUUUAAAGACAAACGCCAACAUUCAAUUGGAUUAAGAUUCAAUCAGCCGGGUGUAAUGGGUUUCUGGCUAGCGGGACACGUUUUUAGCCGAAUGGGAGUAGUCAAGCGCAUUGCAUGCCUCCUAUUCUCUCUACAUGUCAAGUCGUCCAUCUCUGUACAGUAGGCAAGAAUAACGUCACGUCAAAUGGACGUGGAGCUCAUCUAUCUGUGUUAAUCCCCUUAGUUGUACGCCGUACUCGAUUCUUGAUGAGAUUACGGCAUCGAGGGCAAGCGAGACAAAGUUGAAUUGUUCCCACGUCGUCCAUCGUUGCUCUUGACAUAAAUUUUUAGUUUUUGUUUCAUUCUUUAGCCUUCCUUCACUAGGCCGAAAACGAUGUUCGAUAGAACGAUCAAACUGGAUUCUUCUCGUAUCGAACCAUUUGAAGCGCAUGAGCUGCUAGACAGGUGCUGGCACCUAGCGACCAACAAAAUCAGCAAUCGGACAGUGUUUAUUAUCGAUCGGAGGAGGACAUUUCGGUUGGCGAUUGCGGUGGGCUGGGAGUUUUCAGUAGUUUAGGACGUGCAGCAUCCACAAGAAAGAAGACGCUAAACGUUAUUUACUCUGUGGUAAACGACGGCGCUUCACAUAAGACGUACAGUUUUGACUGUUGGCAAAGGCUUACUCUCUGCCACUGGUCUGCUGGAAAUGGAGCAGAGAUCGUGAAUUAUCAUUACAGAGAUUGUUGUUCAUCAUCAGCAAAACACAAAUUUCGACCUGGAAAAUUGCCUUCUGUCCGGUGAUAUAUAGUGUCAGGAACAAGUGCUGGCGAUGCACGUCGCUGGAUUGAUCCUGGCCCGCGGAGGCAGUAAAGGCAUCCGGCUGAAGAACUUGGCCUUACUGAAAGGCACGCCACUUCUCCUCUGGUCGCUGAAAACGAUGUCACAAAGUCGCGGUUUGACUUCGAUUUGGGUAUCGUCGGACCACGAUGACAUCUUAGAAUUGGCCCAUCAAAACGGCGCACAGAUCCACCGUCGAUCCGCCGAGUCAUCGUCAGAUGGGGCAUCGUCGCUCGACGCCAUCAACGAGUUUCUAGACAGCCAUUCGGCUGCCACUAACGUUCUUCCUCCUGGCCCAACGGCUUUAGAAGUCGACGUGGUGGCCUUGAUUCAGUGCACGUCACCUUUCGUCCGCGUUGCGCAUUUGAACGAAGCCCUUGCUAAAAUGACGAGCGGAUGCUACGAUUCGGUUUUCUCCGUCACGCGUUCUCACUCGUUGCGCUGGACCCAACUUGAACCAAACGAGACGGAAGUGGAUGUAGCCAAUACCGAAGAGAUUCGUGCGGUCAACUUUGAUCCUCAUUGUCGACCCAAGAGGCAAGACUGGAAUGGCGACUUGGUUGAGAACGGCGCGUUUUACUUGAGCUCCGUUCAACUUUUGCGACGAGGACUCAUCCAGGGUGGAAAAGAUGAGCGCAGCGCACAGUAUUGAUAUCGACACUGCCUACGAUUUGUGGCUGGCCGGGCAGCAGGCAUCUUAUUUCGGCUUUGAGCCUGACGGCGAUUCUGGCGACGUCAACCAUUUGCAACGCUGUUAACUUCACCAACGUCACACAACAUCAUUUCCUUCUCGAAAAAUUAAUGUGGCAAAUUCACGCGAUAAAUUUUCCGAUAAAAAUAAACAAACUGCCAACUCCGA